AUGGCUGUAGCCGAUGUCACUUCAUAUCCCCCCGUUCAGCCAAGCUUCCUCCAUGAUGUGGCCGUAGACAGCAUGAAGCCUCUGGCUUCUGCCGUCGACACCUCGGCUCUCGAGACUUCUUCCAAGAUUCUUGACAUCAUCGGACGAUAUCGUCUGAACAGGGGAGAAAACAUCUAUGCCAGUGCUGAUCAGUCUGUCCUCAAGUUCAUUGCCCUCAUCUACACACAUGUCAAGGCUCAGCAGGCCGUGCCGCUGUGCCUCCCUGCGUUUCCCUUCAAGUCACCAAACUCGACUUCUAAGGUGCUUGGAAAGCUGCCUGACAAGGCGGAAGAGUUUGCCCUGAGCCAUCUGAAUGGAAUGUGUCAAGCAAUUGCCGACAUUUAUCCUCCUGGCGCAAAGCUGACCAUCAUCUCGGAUGGUCUUGUGUAUAACGACCUUCUUGGUGUUCCUGACAAGGAUGUCUGGAACUAUGGAGAGACCCUCAGAGCUCUCGCCGCUUCCAAGGGCUUUGCUCACAUCUCCUUUGCUCGUCUUCGAGAUCUUGUCGACAUUGAUCUACCGAAGGAGCUUGAUGAGAUGACAUAUGUCGCCAAUGCUUCCAACUUCCGUCGCGCCCUCCUCAACACCUUCAGCAAGCCUGGUUGGACCUGGGAUGAGGUCCGCCAGGCUGAGGAUGCAUGCAUGACAUAUCGUGGCUACAUCAAAUUCCUACAGACCGAUUUAGAGACUGUAUAUCCCAUCGGAGAGGACCGCACCAAGUCUCGAUAUAAGAGGGGAACUGAGUACAUUGCCAAGCAAAUGAUGGCUCGAGGAGAUGCCUUUGCCAACGCGGUCCGUCAGAAGUAUCCUGACCACGUCCGCCUAUCCAUUCACCCAUCCACAGGCGCUGUCAAGUUGUCCAUCAGCCUACUCCCCACUGACAGCAUCUACACUACACCAUGGCACAGCACCCUGAUCAAUUCUCCCGUGGUUCUUCGCGGAUUCGUCAAGAAGCCUGAUCGUGAGCGAUUCAUCAACCUCAGCCACCAAUUUGGAACACCGCUGCCAUGGAAGUUUGGAUUGUUGCUCGAAGUGAAGGAUCGAGGACUGGAGACACGAGGUCUCAACAAUGUUCUUUCGGCGGAACCUAUGCCCAUGCAUUAUGAUGGGCUUUUCAAGACGGUCAAGCAGGUUGAUGAGAGUGGCAAGGAGGCUUUGGUUUCCACACCACCACAAUUCCAGCUCUUUGAGGGCGCCACGGCAUCUCCACGAGACACGGGGUUCACCAUCUUUGCCUCAUCAACUCUGUUCUUCAAGUUCCUUCCCAAGUGGCUCAAGGUCGACGAACUAUCCAAGCUCACGUGGAGCGUGUCGACUUCUUCCUUCGACCAAACCGUCCUGAAGGGUCUGCCCCUAGUCGUCUCACACCCAACUACCGAGAAGCCCUGUCUGCGAUACCACGAGCCAUGGCCCCAGAGCAAGACUCAAUUCGACGCCACAGACGUUAUCAUUGAAGGCCAAGAACCUGUUGAGAGUGCAUCGAUCUGCGCUGCUAUCGAUGCAACCCUCUACGAUCGUAGAGUAGCGUACUAUCACGCCUGGGACAAGGGAGACAUUGUCGUCAGUGACAAUGUUCUAAUGAUGCACACAAGGAGCGAUUUCACUGCGGGCAUUGAUCGGGAGCUUUGGAGAAUUCACUUUGAUUAG